CAUCUCUCCGGAGCGCCUCCCUGGCAGCUUCGCUCCACAGCCAGACUUUUUAAUACAAAUCUCCACCUCUAGACUUAAAAUCCCAAAAGAAGUUUUGCGCCAAAGAGGGGAAGAGAGGAGUUGGAACGAGGCAGGCGAAGUUCCCCCUCCGCUGCGCCCCCCGCCCCCGGCUCCGCGCCCUGGGGACAGCUGGCAGCCCCGCGCCGGACCAGACAAAGCGGAUCAAUCCCGGCGGCGCGGGGGUGGGAGGACGACCCGCCAGGGCAUCCCUUCCGCUCUUCGCCUGCUCCUGCCCCAUUAGGACCCAGCCGACACCUCGUCCGGCGUCCACGGUCCGCCCUCGGCCCCCCACCCCAAAAAGAAAGGCCCAGACCCCAUCCCUGGGCUAGCGAAGACCUGGCUCCGGCAUCCAGCUGAGAGCGCCCCAGGCCGGGAGAAACUGACGUCGCAUCAGGGUCCGCCCCUCCCCUCCCUAGUCUCCACGGGUCUCUCCUCCUCUCUCGUCCCAGAAGUUCAGGGGCCCCCGCCCGGCCUCCCGCACUCCGGCCGCCGGGACCUUCGGCCUCCGACGAGCAGCCAGCUCGGGCCCCCGGGAAGAUGGCGAGGAGGAGCCGCCACCGCCUCCUCCUCCUGCUGCUGCGCUACCUGGUGGUCGCCCUGGGCUAUCAUAAGGCCUAUGGAGUCUCUGCCCCAAAAGACCAUAAAGUAGUCACAGCAAUAGAAUAUCAAGAGGUUAUUUUAGCCUGUAAAUACCCGAAGAGGACCAUUGCCUUCAGAUUGGAGUGGAAGAAACUAGGGCAGAGUGUCUCCUUCGUCUACUAUCAACAAGCUCUUCAAGGUGAUUUUAAAGAUCGAGCUGAGCUGAUUGAUUUCAGUAUACGGAUCAAAAAUGUUACAAGACGUGAUGCCGGGAAAUAUCGUUGUGAAAUUAGUGCUCCGUCUGAACAAGGCCAAAACCUGGAAGAGGAUACGGUCACCCUAGAAGUAUUAGUGGCUCCAGCAGUUCCAUCAUGUGAAGUACCCAAUUCUGCUCUGAGUGGAACUGUGGUGGAGCUGCGAUGUCAAGACAGAGAAGGGAAUCCAGCCCCUGAAUACACGUGGUUUAAGGAUGGCAUCCGUUUGUCAGGGAAUCCUAAACUUGGCUCCCAAAGCACCAACAGCUCAUACACAAUAAAUACAAAAUCUGGAACUCUGCAAUUUAACACAGUUUCAAAACUGGACAGUGGAGAAUAUUCCUGUGAAGCCCGUAAUUCUGUUGGAUAUCGCCGGUGUCCUGGGAAACAAAUGCAAGUAGAUGAUCUCAACAUAAGUGGCAUCAUAGCAGCUGUAGUAGCUGUGGCCUUAGUGAUUUCCAUUUGUGGCUUUGGUGUGUGCUAUGCUCAGAGGAAAGGCUACUUUUCAAAAGAAACCUCCUUCCAGAAGAGUGGUUCUGCAUCUAAAAGCACUACAAUGAGUGAAAAUGAUUUCAAGCAUACAAAAUCCUUUAUAAUUUAAAAGAAUUCCACCUUUGAGAUACACCAAAACCACAGUUGUUACACAAGUUAUUAAAAGAUUAUAAAACUCUGCUUUGUCUUACAUUUACAAAGAGGUUCAUGGCAAGAUGAAAUUGGUAUUUCAUUAUAACUUUUAUGACUGCUAAAUCACUUGAAAUUGUUAUUUUAAACAAAUAGUUGUGUCAGCACCUGAAAUAUAGUCUGGCUUCUUGUGUCUGGACUAAGUUAAAAGAAACAAAAUACUCUGUAACAUUCUGAGGUUUGUGAAAUGUUAAUGUCCUAACUUCUAGAGAAAGUUAUUAAAAUAUACCAUAUAUUCAUUGUGAAAUUAAUCCACAGAACAUGCAAAUGUAAACCGCAAGCACCCUCUGUGCAAGAGUCUGAUUUAGAGGGUUCAGAAAAUACUCUGACAGAUGCAAAAGGAAACUGGUCUCAUUUCCACCCAAAUCCUCUUUUCUCCCCUAAUACAAUCCUUAUUCUGCUGCUCAUUUAUCAUGACUAUAUCCCCAGGAGGGAGGUAGCGGGAGUGGGUCUUAUGCCCAAGGAUUUGCACCUCGUGUUUACUUCCAUUUCUGAGAACCAAAAACAACAUGAAGAAAAAUACCUAACGACCAGAACUCACUCACCUGGCGUGUGCCAUUGAUUUCUUCAUUAAACAUAAUUUUGAGAGUCAAA